AGUGCGCGGGUGCUGGCGGGCGUGCGUGUGAACGUGCGAGCGCUGUGUGCGCUGACAGUAUGUACUACACUUGCACACUGCUCUGGUGCGUCCACUUCUGUUCAUCUAAAUUACCAGGAGGGGAGAUGCAUGGGAGCCUACCUGCGCCUGGUGGGCUCGCUGGCCCAGAAUCUCGCGAGGAGGGUUGGAGAGGACCUGGCGGACUGUGCUGCCGUCUGUAAACGAGGGUUGGUGUACAAACUGCGGAGUAUACGGUUGCGGUACGACGACGUGGGCCCCGCUGGCAGUCAGGACUGGCAGAUCCUGCCCGAGCAACUCGCCAAGCUGGUGGAGAGCAUAGAGAACAAGCCUUGGUACUGUGAAAUGGAUCGUCGGACAGCCCAGGAUCUGGUGCGUGACGGAGGCGUUGGCUGUUUCGUUAUUCGCCCAUCUGCCUCUACCAAGUCACUAACCCUCACUCUCUGGUACCAGAACCGUCCCUACAACAUCCUCAUCCGCCAGCGGGACGAUGGCCUCCUGGCUCUCGGAUCCAAGAAGAAUCAAGAAAUGACUUUCCAGUCCGUGGAUGAGAUGGUUCGCUACUACGAGAGAGAGCCCCUGAUCCUCUACAGUGGAGGGGAACUGACUGGUCGCACCAGGUUGAAGGCACCGCCCCCUGGGCUAGUGCGCAGUAAGCGAUCCUCAGCCACCAGCAACUCCCAGGUGAUGGACUCCAGGAGAAAUUCCUCUUUGAACGGAGCACGACGGACUUCCGAGGGGGAGGAUUUCCGCAGCUCCACCGACCUCAGAGGACCUCCAACGGCCUGUUCGAGGACUCUCUCCUCAGGCCAUGUUGAAAUCCCUUUUAGUUCCUCAAUUACCAGAAGGCUCGCAAAUUCCGCACCAGACAUCGAAUUUGCAAAUAUGCUUUCCUCCAGUCCAAGAAAGGUGUCUGCAGAAUGUCUGACUCCGCACCCACCAGCUCUACCGCCGAGGCCGGCACAUCUGACCUCGACCGAGGAAUACCGGAGAGGUUCUGUCCCCAGUUCGUCAAAAGAGAUUGCCUCAAGAACAGAGAAGAUCAGAAACGCUUCUGUUCACAACAGACCAUUACCUUCCAUUCCAGGGGAACAUGAAAAAGAGUUAUCUUCAAAUAAUUCCAUACCCAAUUCACCUAUUUCGGAAUCCACUAGUUUAUAAGUAGUUUUUAGUUUUUAACUUGCCUUAAUUUUUCCGCACUGUUAUACUGUACGAUAUUAUUUUCUGUCAUAGACCACUAAAAAUAAUAUUAAUUAAGAAUUAUCCUUUCAAAGAUUUCUAGAAACUUAAAAAACUAUAAUUGAUCUUUCUUCAGUUAUAAUAUAAAAAAAUGUAGUUUAAUGGUUUUUGUCAAUGUCGUUCGAGAAUGAAGAUAAUAUAGUUUUCUUACUGUGUUUGCUUUCUCCUUGAAUUGUGUGAUAAUACUAAUAUAUAUACCUAAUCAUUAAAAAGUAUAAAUCAAAUAUAUAUACUGCUAUAUGUAUGAAUCAUCUGUUACCUGUCAGUUAGAGGAGUCUCUUGGACUUGAAUCACAGGAACCCGCGUUGCCAGAAUAUAAGACUCAGUAGUUUUAAGAUAAUUUUGAUCAAAUACCACUUAAGAUGAAAAUUCUGAAAAUAUUGUACUAUUUUAAUACAUUGUACAUGUUUAGUUUCUAAGAAGUAACUUUUCCUGUAAAUAUCUUGUUUAGUGUUGUUUAAUCCUGAAAAUAAAAUUUAUUUGAACACAUAAAA